CUUCGAUUCACCUCACUCACCAUUCUCCGUACUGCUCCGCCCUCGCCGCGGUUCCGAAAAUCUCGAUUGACUCAUUUCCCCCUCGAGAUUUGUCACCCUACUGAUCAUUCCUAUUCUCUGAUAAUUGGUUAUGGGGCUCAUCAACCGUUAAAUUCAUUCUGUGGUCCUGUAGGGGAGCUGAGUAGCUUCAAAGACCCCACCUGUCUGUGCUUCGGAUAGGGCACGCUCAAUCAUAAGGUGGAUUUCUCAGCAUCGAGUCGUUUAACAAGACCCCCUCAAUUCAUUGGACCAGGCACUGUCAUACCAACUCUCGCUGCAAAAGACGGAAAACGUUCCCACUCCGCAGGACAACCAACCAUUCUGGGUUCCGGAGCGAGCACCGCUAUGCUCGGGUCCGGGAGCCCUCGUGACAAUUAAGACGGAUAGAUAGACUGCUUGGGCGCUGGCUAGAAGGAUGUUUUCAGAAGAACACGGCACUUCGGCGACAGCCAACGGCUCCCAAGAGCAGCAGAUUACACAUUCAGAUGGCCCUGCCACCCCCAGCUUCGAUGCGUCUUCCGCUACAGGCCCGCCGAGUUCUGCGCUCAUCACUCGCCUCGAACUAUUCUCUACGCGCGUUCCAGAUUUCUAUAUUGCCCCAUUUUGUGGUGCCAGUGCGGGUGUAGCGUCGGGUAUUGUAACAUGCCCUCUCGAUGUGAUCAAAACCAAGUUGCAAGCCCAAGGAGGGUUUGUCCGGAGAGGUGGACAGGUGGUUGAAACGAAAGCUUUAUACCGAGGUAUGCUAGGUACUGGAAGGAUGAUAUGGCGUGAAGAUGGUAUUCGAGGACUAUAUCAAGGUUUAGGCCCCAUGAUUUUGGGAUAUUUGCCUACAUGGGCUGUUUAUUUGGCAGUUUAUGAUAGGUCUCGGGAAUAUUAUCAUGAAGUGACUGAUAGUUGGUGGCUUGCAAGAGGUUAUGCUUCUCUAACGGCUGGCGCUUGCUCUACAAUUGUGACUAAUCCGAUUUGGGUCAUCAAAACGCGACUCAUGUCACAAAGCCUCAGAUCAGACAGCGAGGGCUUCCGUGCUCCAUGGCGAUACUCCGGCACGUGGGAUGCAGCUCGCAAGAUGUAUAAGACCGAAGGAAUUCGGUCAUUUUACGCGGGGCUCACACCGGCAUUGUUGGGAUUGACACACGUUGCCAUACAAUUCCCGCUUUAUGAAUAUUUGAAAAUGGCAUUUACUGGGUACGGAAUCGGGGAACAUCCUGACAACGGUACUUCUCACUGGAUUGGGAUAUCGUUGGCGACAUUCCUCAGUAAGAUCUGUGCGAGCACUGUGACCUAUCCGCAUGAGGUAUUGCGCACGAGACUUCAAACCCAGCAGAGAACGUCUCCUGUGUCUUCGCCGGAAGAGAUAGCCUUCCGCGGGGGAGUAGACCACCCAGAGAGCCGUGGUAGGCCUCCAACAGCGGCCUCAUCGGAUGGCAUGCCUAACCGGCCUCGGUAUACAGGGAUCGUUCGUACGUGUCAGACUAUCUUGAAAGAAGAGGGUUGGCGAGCAUUCUACUCGGGAAUAGGCACGAAUUUAUUCCGUGCUGUUCCGGCUGCAAUGACCACCAUGCUUACAUAUGAAUAUCUACGGAAAACCAUUAGCCACCUUCAACACGAAGGGGCAUUGAAGCAGCAGGUGGCAGAAGCAGCCGAAGACUCGGCCGGUAUAUGAUGAUGACUGAGUGUCCAACCAUUAGUUAAUCCGGGGCAUUGCAGGCUAUUGUGAACCUCAAUGUUAUUGCCAGGGAAGCUAAUUGUAUGCGCACUGGCGUCUUGGCUUUGUUGCCAGAGCGGAUACAGCAAGGGACUGUCUUAGGCUUCUUUUUUUUCCUACAAGUUUUACCCGAUACAUGAAAGUAAAGGGUCUUUCCUUUGAAUAUGUCCCUCGGCAUCGGUGGUAGUCGGUUUCAAGGGUGUUAGGGUAGAUCGAGGUUUUGGCAUGUGAAGAAUCGAUUUCCUGAACUCUACAGUCUUAUGACCGGUUUGUGUUUGAUGAAAGACCUCUUCUUCUUUUCUUCUCCUUUUUUUGUUUAUUCACGAGCGUUCGGUUACUUUUCGCAUAAUACUUGCAUGACUGCUCUUGUACAUACGUUACUAUACCUACGUGUUUCAUCGCCAGAAUACACAUAUACCGAGUGAAGCGAGGUACUUGAGAUAAAA